AUGAUUAUUAAGUUAUUUUUGACAAUUAUUGAAAGUUUGCCAUCCAUCAUUGAUAAUAUUGAUUUUAAAGAAAAAACCUUCAAAUUUGGUAAUAUUUAUAACAUUAUCUAUGGCAGUUCUCAUGCAACCCUUCGAAUAGCUUUUCAAAUUCAGUUGCCAAUUGAAGUAAAAACUAAUCCAGAGCAGAUUAUUGAAUUAACUACUGAAACUUUAUUAUUUGGAAUGAAUCAGGGUAUUGAGAAUGCAUUAACAAUUUUUCAAUAA